AUGGCGGGGGCCUGGCCCCCCGCGCCGCUCCGGCUGCAGCUGCUGCCGAGGCCGCGGCGGCUCUGCCCGGCCCCCGCCCUCCCGCUGCCGCCGGAACUGCGCACCCGCCCCGGCGACGCGACGUCCGGGGCGGUGGGAGCGGGGCCGGGCCCGCCCCGCGGCCCGGGGGGCUGCGGGGGCCGCGCCGGGGGCGGCGCGCUCCGCCCGGGCCUUCCCCGAGCCCGCGGGCCCGAGGCCGCCGCCGGCUGCGAGCGGGGCGGGCCCGGGGCGCCCCUCGGCCCCCGCGGCCCCGUGUUGAGGUACCCAGUCCUGGAGGGGACGCUGGCGUGUUCGGGGUUGGUCAGCCUGGUCAGCUGCACCCUUUGCUGCCGGAUCAGCGUGGGAGCAGCCGCAGCUGUGAGGGGCCCGUGUGGCCUCGGGGUCCGUGUGGGAGCGGGCCAGGAGCGGGCAGCAGGGACAGCGGGACAGCGGGGCAGUGCCACACGGCAGCGGGGACAGCGGGGCAGUGCCACACGGCAGCAGGGACAGCGGGACAGCGGGGCAGUGCCACACGGCAGCGGGGACAGCGGGACAGUGCCACACGGCAGCAGGGACAGCGGGACAGCAGGGCAGUGCCACACGGCAGCGGGGACAGCGGGGCAGCGUCCCUCGACAGUGGAGACAGCUGGGACAGACCUGGCAGAGGGCAGCCCGCAGCCGGGUUGCUGUCCCGGCGGAGCUCCGGUGGGGAGCCCCGGCAGAAGCCCCCGCAAUCCCGGCACCCCGCAAUCCCGCACCCCGCAAUCCCGCAAUCCCGCAAUCCCGCAUCCCGCAAUCCCGCAAUCCCGCAAUCCCGCAAUCCCGCACCCCGCAAUCCCGCACCCGGCAAUCCCGCACCCCGCAAUCCCGCAAUCCCGCAUCCCGCAAUCCCGCAAUCCCGCAAUCCCGCAAUCCCGCACCCCGCAAUCCCGCACCCCGCAAUCCCGCAUCCCGCAAUCCCGCACCCGGCAAUCCCGCAAUCCCGCAAUCCCGCAAUCCCGCAAUCCCGCACCCGGCAAUCCCGCAAUCCCGCAAUCCCGCAAUCCCGCAAUCCCGCACCCCGCAAUCCCGCACCCCGCAAUCCCGCAUCCCGCAAUCCCGCACCCGGCAAUCCCGCAAUCCCGCAAUCCCGCAAUCCCGCAAUCCCGCACCCGGCAAUCCCGCAAUCCCGCAUCCUGCAAUCCCGCAAUCCCGCAAUCCCGCAAUCCCGCAAUCCCGCACCCCGCAAUCCCGCAAUCCCGCAAUCCCGCAAUCCCGCAAUCCCGCACCCGGCAAUCCCGCAAUCCCGCACCCCGCAAUCCCGCAAUCCCGCAAUCCCGCACCCCGCAAUCCCGCACCCCGCAAUCCCGCAUCCCGCAAUCCCACAAUCCCGCAAUCCCGCAAUCCCGCACCCCGCAAUCCCGCACCCGGCAAUCCCGCAAUCCCGCAAUCCCGCACCCCGCAAUCCCGCAAUCCCGCAAUCCCGCAAUCCCGCAAUCCCGCACCCCGCAAUCCCGCAAUCCCGCAAUCCCGCAAUUCCGCACCCCGCAAUCCCGCAAUCCCGCAAUCCCGCAAUCCCGCACCCCGCAAUCCCGCACCCCGCAAUCCCGCACCCCGCAGCGAUGCCAGCAGCCGCUGGGUGUCACUGCUCCAUCGCGGUGCUGCGGGAGCGCGGGCAGCUGGAACCCAGCCCUGCCCAGCGCCGGGGCCAGUUCCUUUCUGCUGCUUUCUUCACUGUCCCGGCGCUCGCCCUCCUGCAACAGCAAGGAAACGGAGAAGAGGAAGGAAAGGAGGCAGUGA